UCUGACAUGGCCCUCAGAAGGAAAGGGGAACAGGCAAGGAAGGGAGGAGCUGAUCUUUCCAAAAAGAUCCCAGGGCAGAGUCCAGGGCGGCUCAAGGCUCCUCCACACGCGCCUGCCGAGGCCUGCUGAGCCCUGGGCGCCCUGAGCGGGAUGGGGCGGCCUGGGGCUGCCGCCAUUCCCUCAGCCCUGGUCCUGCUCUGCACGGCGGUGCUGAGGGCCGCCUCCCCCAGCCCUCCCCGCCUCCGGUUCUCCUUCCAAGAGCUCCAGGCCCAGCACGGCCUCCGGACCUUCCGGCUGCCGAGAACCUGCUGCUACGAAGCUCUGCUGGUGGAUGAGGAGCGUGGACGGCUGUUCGUGGGCGCUGAGAAUCACGUGGCCUCCCUCAGCCUGGACAACAUCAGCAAGCGGGCCAAGAAGCUGGCCUGGCCGGCCCCUGUGGAAUGGCGAGAGGAGUGCAACUGGGCGGGGAAGGACAUUGGUACCGAGUGCAUGAACUUCGUGAAGCUGCUGCAUGCCUACAACCGCACUCACUUGCUGGCCUGUGGCACCGGGGCCUUCCACCCCACCUGUGCCUUUGUGGAAGUGGGCCACCGGCUGGAGGAGCCCAUGCUCCGCCUGGACCUUCGAAGGCUAGAGGAUGGCAAGGGCAAGAGUCCUUAUGACCCCAGGCACCGUGCGGCCUCCGUGCUGGUGGAGGAAGAGCUGUAUUCUGGGGUGGCCGCAGACCUCAUGGGCCGGGACUUCACCAUCUUCCGCAGCCUGGGCCAGCGUCCGAGUCUCCGAACAGAGCCACACGACUCCCGCUGGCUCAAUGAGCCCAAGUUCAUUAAGGUGUUUUGGAUUCCGGAGAGUGAGAACCCGGACGAUGACAAGAUCUUCUUCUUCUUUCGUGAGUCAGCAGUGGAGGCCUCGCAGGCACUGGGCCGCCUGUCCGUGUCCCGCAUCGGCCAGAUCUGCCGGAAUGACGUGGGCGGCCAGCGUAGCCUGGUCAACAAGUGGACCACAUUCCUGAAGGCGCGGCUGGUGUGCUCAGUGCCGGGCAUCGAGGGUGACACACACUUUGACCAGCUCCAGGACGUGUUCCUGCUGUCCUCCAGGGACCGCUGGACCCCGCUGCUCUAUGCCGUCUUCUCCACCUCCAGCGGCGUCUUCCAGGGCUCUGCCGUGUGCGUGUACAGCAUGAACGACGUGCGCCGGGCCUUCCUGGGACCCUUUGCCCACAAGGAGGGGCCCACGCACCAGUGGGUGUCUUACCAGGGCCGUGUCCCCUACCCCCGGCCCGGCAUGUGCCCCAGCAAGACAUUUGGCACCUUCAGUUCUACCAAGGACUUUCCUGAUGACGUCAUCCAGUUUGCCAGGAACCAUCCCCUCAUGUACAAUUCCAUCCUGCCCAUGGGGGGGCGCCCUCUCUUCCUACAAGUGGGUGCCGGGUACACCUUCACCCAGAUUGUCGCAGACCGAGUAGCAGCUGCUGACGGACACUACGACGUCCUCUUCAUUGGCACAGACACUGGCACAGUGCUGAAGGUGAUCUCAGUCCCCAAGGGCAGCCAGACUGAUGACGAGGGGCUGCUCCUGGAGGAGCUGCAGGUGUUCGAGGACUCUGCACCUGUCACCACCAUGCAAAUCUCCUCCAAGAGGCACCAGCUGUACGUAGCCUCGCGGAGCGCAGUGGCCCAGAUCCCGUUGUACCGCUGUGCUGCCCACGGCCUGGCCUGUGCCGAAUGCUGCCUGGCGCGUGACCCCUACUGCGCCUGGGACGGGGCCAGGUGCACUCGCUUCCAGCCUAGUGCCAAGAGGCGGUUCCGGCGGCAAGACAUAAAGAACGGCGACCCCAGGACGCUGUGCUCCGGCGACUCGUCCCCUCCCGCGCUGCUGGAGCGGAAGGUGUUCGGCGUGGAGGGAGGCAGCGCCUUCCUGGAGUGUGAGCCCCGCUCGCUGCAGGCGCACGUGGAGUGGACCUUCCAGCGCGCAGGGGAGGGGGCCAGCACCCCGGCUGACAAACUCCUCUCUAGAAAUGAGCAAGCAGAGGAAUACCUGAAAGUCCCUGGAGCGCUUGGAAGGAAACAAAACGUGAGCAAGUGCAUCCCCGUUACUGUGGGUGAAUCAGGCCUAUGGGGUUCUGGGGUCGCCCUGGCUCCAAAAUCAAGGAUCAUUCCUAAGUUGAAUUUAGGGGAUUGAGAGCCCCAUGUCCCUUUGUCCUACCCCAUCUUUGCUGAGCACAUGCUGCCUCUGAAAGCCACCCAGGAGAAGGGAGUGACCCACUGGUUGAACCAACCCUGCCUAUGCUGCCCCAGCAGACACCAUGGCAC